ACUCUCUAUUUAUUCAGAGCAUCUGUCACUUUUCUGCCCCAUGCCUGACACAUGAUGAGUUUUGAAAACAAAUUACCUGGGCUGGGCCAAGAUCCUGUUCAGUUCCUGUAGGAACUUUUUCUUUCUUUUCUUUUUCUUUCUCUCUUUCUCUCUCUCUCUCAAAUGGCUUCUCCAUUCAAUGGUCCUACAGCAGUCUCUGAUGUAAUUAAAGAUCUUAACACUCAGAUAGCUCUGAUUGGUUUGGGCCCCCAUAAUCCCAAAAAGAAGCAGGAUCUUGACAAGCUCUAUGACCUGAAGGCUAAAGCUGAGCAGAUUAUGAGCCAGUUUGGGCCCUCUACCUUGAUUAAUUUAUCCAACUUCUCCUCGGUCAAACCAGAACCAGCCAGUACUCCUCCACAUAGUUCUAUGGCUAACAAUACCACUGUGGCUAAGAUGCCAGGGACCCCUAGCAGUGGGGGACGCCUCAGUCCGGAAAGCAACCAGAUCUUAACCAAGAAGAAACUGCAGGAACUUGUCAGAGAGGUGGAUCCAAAUGAGCAGUUGGAUGAAGAUGUGGAGGAGAUGUUGCUGCAGAUUGCAGAUGAUUUCAUUGAAAGCGUGGUCACAGCUGCCUGCCAGCUUGCACGGCAUCGCAAAGCCAAUACUUUGGAAGUGAAAGACGUCCAGCUACAUCUUGAGCGUCAAUGGAAUAUGUGGAUCCCAGGUUUUGGUUCUGAAGAAAUCAGGCCAUAUAAAAAAGCCUGCACUACAGAAGCUCACAAACAGAGGAUGGCACUGAUCCGCAAAACAACCAAGAAGUAAAGCCUCGGAAUGGCAGGGAGAUGAACAUGGCCCAAAUGGAAAGUGCAAACCUGCCUAAGCUGCAGAAUAUCCAUCAUGCCAUCAGUGGGAUUGUGUUUUUUUUAAUGCUUUGUGGAGAAGCAUUUGUUUUAACGGUGCAGCUAUAUCAGCUUUCUGAGGAGAUCUGCCACAAAGUUGCUAAGCCUUCCCACCCCCAACCUGUUUCCUAAAAAAGAACAGAAUUUAUCUAAAAACACAGACUUUAUUUUCUGCCUUCAAAGUGAUUUAUGGUGUGUGUGAUUGUCCAUGAGACAGGAUAUUUUGGUAUUUUGGGCAACAGUAUUAGAAGUGGCUGUAGAUGUUUUUCAUUUUUUUCCUUUACUGUUUGUAAUGUUGCUGUUCAUAGAUAUUUGGAUUUGUUUCAUGAGUAAAGGAAUUAUAAAGAUGAAACUAGGUUGUAGUAUUGACACGGGCUGCAAAAAGCAAAGACGGAGAGCAGAUAUUCACUCCUUCUGGAUGCUCAGCUUGUAGCAAGUGGAAUUCUCAUGUGGUGGUCUGUUAUUUCUAUUGUCAGCAGAAACCCACCCAAGCAAGGUAGAUUUUUAAAAAGAUCUGUAAGGGUGGUUUACUUGGAAACUUUUUUAUUUGGAAUUUUUUUUAAAUUAAACUGUCAGACACUCCUUAAUGGCUGAGAUGUGAGAAAGACCAGCCCUCAGCACCAAGAGGUUUGUAUACAGCUGAGUCUGCUAAAUUUCCAGCUUGCUUAGCUAUCCUAUAAUUACGUGGAAAGCCUGCAGAGUAAUCACCAGCCUUAAAAAUCCAAAAGCACACUGGAAUUCAAAUCAGGGUUUAAAUUAACGUAAAACAGUCACCUCAGAUUUUGAUGCGUUAUCAAAACAUUUUACUACCUGAAUUUUUUUUUCCUUUUUCUUAAGCUUCUUGUCAGCUGAGAAACCUCUCUCACUCUGUCUCACUUGGUAGGCUGCUGUGAGUGAUCUGAAGUAAUCAGAAAGCCAAACAGUCGAUUUACUAAUCUGCCUCUAAAGUGUGGCUAUUUUUUCAUUAAAUCAUCCAGCAAUGGCUUUUCUCUCUCUUUCUAUCUCUCAUACACAUGCCACUUUUUAUGCAAUUUUCCAUUUGUUUAAUAAUAACAAUAAACAAGCAUACUAAUGUACUUUGA